AUGGUAUGCAAUUGCGAUGCGUGUGCCUUACACAGAAAUAGUCUUUCAACAGUUCCUCUUCAUCCGUGGCCGUUCAAGAAUUUUAUGUGGCUCAUAAUUGUUGAUGCCCAUUCAAAAUGGCCAGAGGUUUUUAAAUUUCAAGUUGGAUCAAGCGGAACAAAGCAAGUAAUAUCGUCAUUAAAACACCUAAUUGCGAGUUUUGGAAUUCCAAAGCAAAUCGUCACCAACAAUGGCCCUCAGUUUGUGGCGAAAGAGUUUAAAGAUUUCUGUAAUCAGCAAGGAAUCUUUCACAGUUUAACACCUCCUUACCACCCUAAAAGUAAUGGACAAGCAGAAAGAUUCAUUCAGUCGUUUAAGAGAGUAGUCCAAAAAGGAUUAGAAACACCAGGAGCGAAUCUGCAAGACGUUGUUACUGACUUUCUCAUGGUAUACAGGAGUACAGAACAUGACACUACUGGGGAGUCUCCAUCCAAACUUCUAUUGGGUAGGGAAAUUCGAUGUUCUCUCGAUAUGCUAGUGCCAGAAUUACCUGCCCAUCAAGAUCAGACUAAGCAGUUACUGAAACGCAAAGUUCAAGAGUGUCAAGAAAGACAAAAGAAAAGACAUGAUCGUACGUCUCAUGAAAGGAAACCCUUUCAAUUAGAAGAAGCUGUUUUUGUUAGUCAGCCAGAAAGUAAAGGAGAAGGUUUUUGGAAACCAGCAACAAUUCUCAAAGUUCUAGGACAAAGAUACUACAUGGUCAGGUUUCUGACAGGCACUACUAGAACAGUACACAUGAACCAUUAG